AUGGAUUACCAGUACGUUCCUACAGACAUUUAUAGUGGGCAAAUGCCUGGCCAAAUGUCUGCCGGCGGCGUUCCUGCACAAUCUGUUGCUAAUGGACAAAUUCCGUAUAACUUCCCAGUUGGGCAAAACUCGAACCAAAACGGGAACUUAUACGUGAUGAAUAGUUCAAAUGAUGAUACGCCAGCUGCAGGACCACCUAAUUCGGUUUCUGCUUCUGGGCCGAUCCCCGCUCAAGUUCAUGGCCACGGACAAGUGCCCGGACAAGGUCAAGGCCAAACUCAGGGACCUAAUAAUUCCAAUGCGACUAACAACCCUUCCAAUGCUCCUUCCAUUGCCACUGUACGAACGGGGCCCUCAGUCGAAGCUGCCAACUCUAAUAUGGGUGGUGGUGCAGAUUUUAAUACAGGUACUGCGGCAACCGCGCCAUAUUACCCGAUGCAAUUUAAUGGACUAUAUCAGAACCAGCCACAAGCCUACGGUAUGCAAGGCCCCAAUAUUCAGAACCAAGGGAUGCAACCAUCUUUCCCAGGUCAAUUGCCACCGGGUCCGGGUCCGUACACCCAAGGUUACUUUAAUCCGCAACAACAGGGAGAUACCGGCAAUGCAGCAGAUAGACCUUCCAAUCAUGGUCCUUUACCAGUGACACCACAACAGUCUGGUCAGCAGCCAAAUUUACAGAGCUCUCAGACACUGCAAAAUCAGCAAGGAAUACGACGCCAACAACUUCAACACCAUGUACCGCAGCAAGCGCAAGGCCAACAAUCAACUGCAAAUGUUCAGAUACAGUCUCAGCAACCUUUGGCAUCACAUCCGCAUCCACUUUCGCAACCUCAGCAUAACUCUCAUCCUCAUCCACACAACUCUCAUCAGCAGCAGCAGCAGCAGCAAGUGCCUCCUACACAUCCACCACCGCACCCAAUGCAUGGAAUGGCUCCAAAUUUAGGUAAUGCACCAUUAAUAGGACAAAAUCCUGGUGCCAGUCCAAAUCCUGCGCUGCUUGGUCUAAAUCGUGCGAUACCUUCUCAGAUUUCUUCAACCUAUCCCUAUCCUCUUAGAAAAUAUCUUUCUAAUUUGGCUAUCCUUCGAGCGCAUGAGAUAAUAAAUUUGCUCAAUGUAUCCAGCAAUAAGCUAAACGAUAUGAAAUACUGGGUUAAGGUCAUGUCCGAACUUUUCACUCCUUAUGGACUAUUCAGAUAUUCCAGGAAACAUCAAGAGGAUAUAAGACAAUUCGAAUUUACUGCAGUUGUGAUUCCAUCAGUUAUGAGAGCUUUUGGUUGUUCAGGAGUAGCUAAGCUUGAAAUUGUUCCUCAUCAAUUGAGGGCCCAGGUACUCAGUAAUGGAAGCAUUUUUUUCGAAUGUCCCAGGUGUUUAUUGACAUAUUUCUUCCCAGACGGAAGUUACAUGACAAACUUCACUCAUUUCAAAGGUGUUUUUGAUAUAAAUCUAAAGAUAGAGUGGUUAGGUAUGUUCACGUAUGGUUUUGUUCCCGGUGUUGAAUGGGGUUCUUUGGAAACUAAGUUAAGUGACCCUACAGUCAGUGCGGAAAUAUUUGGCAAACUAUCAACGAUCAAUGGCAAGAAGAAGAGCGCUAAUGACAGUAAAAAUAAUACAGGUAAAUCUGGCAUUGAUUCGAAAAAGGAUAAACCUAUUAAACAAGAAUUCGACGAAGCAGAUCUUGAUGCUGUACGGUUUGAAGCAAUGACAAAAUUGAGGUCGCAAUUCAAAGUUUUCCAAAACGUUUCAAGUUUUGGCAUACAAGAGGGAUUCAUGCGAAUUCUGCAGGUGAAUGACGUUAUGUCAUAUUUGAAAAACUUAAGAAUCUAUCAAAAAUGCAGUGGUAUCAAAAGUCCUGUAGAGACAUUAUCAACUUUUGUUAAUCAGGAAAGAGCAGCACCGAGUGCUAAUUUGGGCCCAACUGUUCCUAACACAAAUGCUGAGUUUUCUCAUGAACAGUCUUCGAAGGCGCAACCCACAUCUACUGGUUUUGCUUCUAGCGGAUCGAGCGGUUCAACCAAUACCGCUAAAAGACGCAGAGUCAGUUCAGCACUAUCGCCAUUGAGCAGCUCUGAAAGAAGCAGCCUCGAUGAAAAGAAUGGUGCAAAUCUCAAGAAAGCCAAAUACUGA